GGCCUUUGUCCCGAUGAGCUUUGAUGUCUGUCUUUGAUCUCUGCAUUUCACGGGUUUUGUUUCUGUGGCAAAAGUUGCUCAAUCAGACUUCCCGAACUCGAGCUCAACGUGUCCAGGUAGAUUCAGUGACCCCAAAUAUUGAUUGAAGAAAUUCACUUAAAGGGAAGUUCAAAUUUCACGUUGACGGAAUUGGCUUAGGGAUAAAAUGGGUUGCAGACCCUCGAAGGAAGCGAAAAACAAUCUUAGACCUAGCCAAGAAGAAUUUUCUCGCCUUGCUUCAGAAACACCAUUUACUAUAAGUGACGUGGAAUCCUUGUAUGAGUUAUACAGAAAAUUAAGCGCUUCUGUUGUCAAAGACGGUUAUAUUCGGAAGGAAGAUCUUCACUUCGCCCUUUUCAGAAGCAGCGACAAGCGAAAUCUUUUUGUGGACAGAAUGUUUGAUCUUUUUGAUGUUGAUCGCAAUGGUCAAAUUGAAUUUUCAGAAUUUGUUCGAUCCUUGAGUGUCUUUCACCCAAAAACUCCGGCAGCAGUCAAGAUAAAUUAUGCAUUUAAAUUAUAUGAUCUGAGGCGCACUGGCUACAUUGAGCGUGAAGAGUUGAAGGAGAUGGUGCUGGCAAUCUUGACUGAGUCUGAUCUGAAACUCUCUAAUGAUGCGGUUGAAACAAUCGUGGACAAGACAUUUGAAGCAGCAGACACAAAAGGCGAUGGGAAAAUUGAUCCAGAAGAAUGGAAACAAUAUGUGGAAGACAACCCAUCAUUACUGAAGAACAUGACUCUACCUUAUCUGAUGGACGUGACUGUUGCAUUUCCCAGUUUUUUGAUGAACUCAGAAACUGAAGAAUCACAGUUGUAGCUCCGACAUGUAAUGCUUACCAGAAUUGGCAUUCCUUGUGGCUUCAGUUGCUGAGAUAUGAAAAGGUGGCAAAAACGCAGCAACUUUCUCAGAGGCAAGAAAAGUAGACAGCUCGCAAAUAUUUGACUCUUUUUAAUCUCUGUGUUAGUGUAUUUGAAUGUAAUUUGCUGGUCAAAAAAGUGUAUUUGAAUGUAAUAUUUCUGAAAGAUGAUAUGAAGCAUGAGAGCUAAAAAGGAUUGACAAAUUCAAGUGAAAAGUUGGCCCAAUCCUUAGAUGGACUCUGUAUUGUCCUUAUGUUUCACAGAAUAUACAAUAAUAAAUAAAUAAUAAUCAAAAGUCAGCAUUAGGGCUGAUCAAUUGGAGGAA